UUCCCCGCCAGAUUCCGGGAAGGACGUGCUGGAGAUCCCGCUGCCCCCCUGGCAGGAGCGUCCCCAGGAGCCGCUGGACACCAAGAGGGCCCGGCUGCUCUACGAGAGCAGGAAGAGGGGGAUGCUGGAAAACUGCAUCCUGCUCAGAAGCCAAGCCGGCUCCGGCGGAAUUCGAGCACGAUGUGCUGGACAUGCUCCGGGAAUUUGCCAGGAACAGGAACAGGGAGCAGCGGCUGCAGCAGCCGGACCUGGAAUACCUGUUUGAGCCCCAGCGGUGAUGCCUCCAUGCCCAUUUCCCGCAGCAGCGCAGGAACACGGGGAUCUGUGGAAUUGCUGCCGCCUUCCCUGGGCUUCUCCUCCUCUUCUGGCAGCCUCUGGACACUGUAGAAUGCUGGAAUGCUGAAUAAAGCCGGGGCUGCUGGCCUUGCUUUCCUACAUUGUGACAUCAGGGUCCGGUCCUUGGGGACAUUCCCACCUCGCUCUGGCACAUCCCACCCCACUGAUACCCCUAAUUCCCACCUGCCCCCUUUUCCCGGGCUCCCAGGGAGGUGACCCCACACCCAGAAGGGCUGUACUCCCUCCCAAAGUUGUCCAAGCUCCACAUUCCCGGUGCUCCAGGACUCCCUGGAGUCCCAUUGUCGCAGUUGCCAGGAGACCAAGUCACAUUCCACGGCAACAUUCCACACCCUCUGGGCCCCCUGGGAAGGCCGGGAGCUGCUGCCAGCACCUCCAGCCAUGGCGUAGGGCCCUUCUAUCCCGGUGCCAGGAUGCCUUCCCUGCCGCAGGAUUCCCCAGCUGGGGGCUUGGGAACGGGAUUCCCGCUGGUGAGGGUGCAUGGCGGGGACCGCUCCGACCUCCUGAGCCUCUAUGUCACCACCUACGAGGUGUCCUUCGGGAAGAGACCCCAGGGAUUAUCCCACAAGUUUGAGGGGCGCGUUUUGGGAGUCAAACCCCCCGACCAGGCGUCCGUGCACCCGCUCCUGGGGGUCCAUUCUGGAUCCGGAUACGUCACCAACAACUACUCGGCCCUCUCAUCCCUGAUCACGCCGUGCUCCGAACGCCCGGACCCCUUUGUGUCCAUCUCCGCCACUGCUGAGGAUUUCAAGCCCUUCGGGCGCCCGCAAUUCCAGAGGAUCCUGCCCCAGUGUGUGGAUGAGCUGGAGUGUUCAUAUCCCCCGGAGUUUUCCCUCUCCCGGAUCUGUUACGAGGGGCUGAAGCCUCCCAAGUUAUCCAGGGAACACAGCGCCAAGAGUGGCUGCACCAGUCCUGCCCAGCCAGAUGCCCCGCCGUGGAGGCCGGAGCCGUCGAGCUGCCCCCCGAGAGACGCCUGCCAGCUUCCGCAGCCCGUGGAUCCUACCGUGGAUCCCUGCUGCCCCGAGAGCCGCCACGGUUUGCCCGCCAUGGGCCACCACGCCCCGUUCGGGCCCCUGGAGCUCCGAGUGGGACCACAGGAAUCCAGCAAGAAGGAUCCGCCGGGAUACGCCACAAUCCACAACCAGUACCUGACCAACAUCUCACCCCUGGCUCCCGUUGCUCCAGCCUGGUGGUCGCAGGGUCCCACCUGGGCUCCCAGAUCCGUGGAGGGUGUCCAGGGCCCCCGUCCCAGUGGAUUCAGCACCAACAACCUCCCCACCAAUCUGUGGCACAACGAUGACCCCUUCAUGUGACCCCCAAAAUUCCGGGAGUCCCAGCCUCGGCUUUUUCGGGAAGCUCCCAAAUCCCCGUGAGAGCAUUAAAGACCCUGCGCACGAUCCCAGUCAGCCCCCUCCUCGUUUUCGGGGUUUCUUGCCUCCCAAAUCCUUCCGGGAAGGAGGAUUUGGAGGGGUCAGGGGGUGUCACUC